GUCACGACUCGGGGUAGUCCAAGAUGGCGACGUGGCUGGUGAACGCGUAUACCCUUUGCCUUCUCGUCUCUCAAAUCUGUUAUAUCCAGGGCUCCUCGGUUUCUAAAACCUUUACUUUUCCGGAAUAUCCGUACAAGGAGACAAGCAAAAAUGAACUGUUGUUCAGGGAGUACGAGCUAGCCUGCGAAACGAGCGGGGCGUGCAAUAUGCUGUCACAAAAUCAGAGGGCCAGUUCGGUUGCGAAGACACGCUGUAUAAGGGAGUGCGUGUCGCCUUCGUGUUAUAAACAAAUUUAUUUAUUCGAUCAGUUGGAAGAAGGAGCUAUUAUAGCUGGAACAAUGAAUCUUUAUCUCCGUGGAAUAAAAAAAAAGCCACACCUGUUCGACGGGAAAAACAGCCAAAACAGAAAACUAUUGUUAUUGCAUCAAAGAUGUUUCAGUCAUUCGACAAUGAAUGAUGAAAAUGAAACGAAAAUCAAUUCUUCGAGGCCAAGCUACGAAUUAUAUUGUGAUAUUUAUAUCAACACGCACAAUUGCACGACACAUCCGAUAUUACAAUUAUAAAAAUGUAUAUUAUAUCGAUCAAAUGAUUAUGAAACUUUAGCACUCUCAAUCUGCCGUAAAACGGUAAAUUUUCUCUAUUGCUGUAGACUAUCAUUGCCAAUAUCUCUAUAUAUAAUGUUAAGAUUUUUCUUCAACUUCUUCUUCUUCUUCUUCUUCUUCUAGUACAAAUAUCAAUAAAUGAAGGAAUUAUUCUCGA